UGACACGAGACAGCGGGGCAUAUCGUUAAUGCAAGUACCACAUGGGAGACCCAAUAUAGAUAAGGACCCUGUUCGCUAUUGACCGGAUUCUUGGAAUUUCCGUGCAAUGCCGCCAUAGUGCAAGAUAACAAAACACCGACGUUUGCCGAACUGGGGAGUACCACAAUAUCUGUGCCUUUCAGGAUCUUUUCGGCAUGAGACGAUUGUUUGUAUAUCAAUGCGACCCAUCCUCCACAUGAUCCAAAAAUGAAGGAGACGAUAUCACACUGUCACAUCACCGUAUCUCUAUAUCUCCAUGUUGACAAAACUCACAGCCUUCAAGAAAAAAGAAGAUUCAAUGGCGUCGAUCUCUACCAUGGAGAAAGACACAAAACAUGACCCAACUCUCACCAGUGGCCCGGCCGAUGUCGAGGAAGGUGCUGUCAUCGAUCCAGCUGCAGAGAAGGCCCUGGUACGCAGGCUGGACUGGAACAUCCUCCCAUUGGUGAUGGCCAUUUACCUUAUAUCAUUUCUUGAUCGAGUCAACAUAGGAAAUGGAAGACUGUUCGGCCUGGAAAAGGACCUGGGCUUGCACGGGCAACAGUACCAAACUUGUGUCUCCCUGCUUUUCGUCACCUACCUGCUAUUCGAGAUCCCUAGCAAUCUCCUGCUCAAGAAGAUCCAGCCACAGCGCUACCUAUCUCUGGCAUGCAUCACAUGGGGUAUUGUGGCUACCCUCACGGGACUGACACAGAACUUCGGCGGCCUUGUCGCGUGCCGACUGAUCCUGGGCGCUCUGGAAUCGGGCAUCUUUCCGGCCUUGACACUUUAUCUCACGUUCUUCUACAAGCGAACCGAGCUUGGCUUCAGGCUGGCCUUCAUCUUCGUCAGCUCACAGUCCGCCGGUGCCUUCGGAGGCCUGCUCGGAUACGCAAUUGGACAUAUGGAUGGGAUUGCAGGGUGGAGAGCGUGGAGGUGGAUAUUCAUUAUUGAAGGCAUUCCCAGUGUGCUUCUAGGUGUCGUUGUCUGGUUUACACUGGCGCCCGACUCGGACCGGGCCAGGUACCUUACAGCCGCGGACAAAGAGCUACAGAAAGCCCGUGCUCUGAAGCAGGUUGGCUACACUGAGGAAGGUGAGCGCUUCCACUGGAAAGACGUCCGCGCUGCGGUCCGCGACUACCGUACCUGGCUAUUUGGAUUCGGUCAGUACGGAACCGAGACCAUGUGGUUCGGCUUCAGUACUUUCUUGCCAACAAUCAUCAAGGCAAUCGGCACCUGGACCAGCAUCCAAGUUCAACUGCUGACCAUUCCCUGCUACGUGCUGUCCGCCACAGCGUACUUGAUCAUGGCACGAGUCUCCGACCACUAUAGGCUGCGUUAUAUUUUCACCAUGAUCUUCUUGAUGAUCUCCAUUAUCGGAUACGCGCUUCUGAUGGGAGAUGUCUCACCUGGUGUCAGCUACCUCGGCUGUUUCUUUGUGGCCGGUGGAUUGAGUGUUUCUGUUGCACUGCCCCUGGUUUGGCUACCCAGCAACAUGCCUCGAUAUGGCAAACGAGCAUUCGGCUCCGGACUUCAAUUGACCCUCGGCGCUUUCGGUGGUGUCACGGCUCCCUUUAUCUAUGUCACAAAAGACUCUCCAAGAUAUCUUCUCGGCCACGGCGUGACGCUCGGCUUGCUGGCUUUCUCUGGGGUGUUGUUCACCAUCCUCUACAUCUCCUACCGCCACGCCAACGCCCAACGCGCCAAGGGUCUUGAAGACCAUAAGCUUCAAGGAAAGACUGAGCAUGAACUCAAUGCGAUGGCAGAUGAAAGCCCUCUGUUCGUCUAUACUCUCUAAGAUACUGUAAAUGUUGUCACACGAAGCAGGGAAGAGAAGGUAGAGGUGGAAGAAGCAACCAAGAGAGCAUCGUGUGCAGGUUCAGCAGAUACUUACCGAUCAUGAUGGUUCUUGGUGUGUAGGCAGAGGGGGUUUAGGAAGCCGCCCACUUAGUCGAUAG